AUGACAGAUCAAUUUGGAGUGCAAAAUCCACCAUUACUAAUUGUUUAUACCUAUCAGAAAGAAGACCAGAAACAUUGGAACGGGGAUUUUGUUAUUGAAGUAACCAAAGAAAAUGUAAUACUGUACGAUGCCGAUUACAAUGUGCAAGCGGCAACUUGGAAACCAUUUUCAGCUGUUGGUGCAAGUCGCAUCGUAUUCCUACCGAAAGAAGUGGAUGAAAUUAUCAGUUACAAAUUAAGCUGCUUGUGCUCGAAGAAAUACAUGCCUUAUAUUGAAGUUUCGAGUAAUUUCGGAACUCUGGCUGCUAAUUCUCGCAAAAAAAUUCGAAUUUAUGCUAACGAUUGCACUAUCCGCAAUGCGAUAUUAAAAAUGAUCUUUGAAGGAACAAAGGAAGAGCAAAUGACCGAAUCGUUGCAAACUUCCUUUCCGCCGCCAUACGCUCUCCCAAAAAUACUUGAAAAUUAUAUGAAAGGUAUUGGUUAUACAGAUGUAAUAGCUGGUUUGGAAUGUAAUCAAUCAGAAGAAAAAUCAUUCAUGAAACGAUUGUCAACAUUAUUGGUACCAUUGAUCAUACAGAGAAUACCGCCCAAUCUUCUGAAAAAUGACAACGAUGGUGUUAAAAUUCUUUGGGAAUCCAAGAAACAAAGACUUGCUCUAACGCGUGAAUAUGUCGAAUUGUUUAAAAAAACAGUAAUUAGCAAUUCUGAUUUAAAAAGUUGUAAUAGCUAUGAUUAA